UAUAAUUCGAUUAUUGAUGAUAUUGGGAGGAUAAAAUGUUUAAAAUCUUGGCAGGGUUGAUGGUGUGAAAUGGUCAAAAACAGAGAGGAAAUAGAAUGAAAAUGACUGGCAAAAGAAACGAGAAAAAAAAGAGUUAUGCAAUGAGUCAUUACAGUCUGGAAUAGACCACUGACUGAGGUAGUAAUCAUGGCAAAGUCAAACGCGAAUUGAAAAGGAAACUGGAUAAAUAUCUGAAAGGAAAUAUCCUGGGCCAAGGGCAGUAGAGUGGGUCUAACUGCAUUGUCAUAUAUAGAAUUAGUUGGACUUAAUAGGACAAUAUAUCUCCAAAUUGCUGUUGCCUGUGCAUGUUAACAGAAAUCUUUGGUUUUCUUUUACUCUUCAGUCAAUAGGAAUUGAUCGACUUUGACCUUACCCGGCCAUGAUUAACAAAGACACUUUGGUUUCAAUAGCUCAUCAAAUUUAUACCAUAGGCUUUGCCAUGAUCUUAUUUUUUGGUAUGUCUUGGGCAUAUGUCGCAGGAUUUCAACUCCUAAUCGGGGAAAAAUUAAUUUUGCUUGGUAUUUACGGAACCCUGGUCGUUGGACACUUCUUAUUGCAAACAAUCUUUGCUCUGGUUGAGCACUACAAGAUGAAAAAUAUUAUUCCACCAUGCUGCAACACUAAAUCUGUGGCGAUAACCAUAUCAGCUUAUCAAGAGGACCCUUCAUAUCUAGCACAGUGCCUCAAUUCUGUGAAGAGCAUUCAGUACCCUAUCCACAAGUUGAAAAUUAUCAUGGUUAUUGAUGGGAACUCAAAAGAAGAUCAAUACAUGAUGGACAUAUUCAAGGAUAUUUUCUGCGAGGAAGAUAUCGGAACAUUUUUAUGGGAGGGAAACUAUCAUUCUAGAAAUUUUAAUAGAAUUGUGUGGAAUCAGGAAGAUAAUAACAGCAAAAUGUCGCAAAGAAAUCCUGUCAAUCUGUUUUAUGGGGAGGCGUGUAUCGGAAAUCCAGAAAGACUGGAGGUGGAGUCGCUAAUCCACACAAAGCGUUGCAUUUGCAUUAUGCAGAAAAAGGGAGGAAAGAGAGAAGGGUUGUACACAGCCUUCAAAGCUAUUGGCGAUUCGGUGGAUUACAUUCAGGUCUGUGAUUCUGAUACAAAACUUGACUCGCAAGCAACUGGAGAACUGGUUAAAGUCUUGGAUUCAAAUGAAAGCUGCGGAGCAGUCGGAGGUGAAGUGCGAAUUCUCAAUGUCAAUGAUUCCUUCAUUAGCUUCAUCAGCAGCCUGCAUUAUUGGACUGUGUUCAAUUUGGGACGAGCUUGCCAGUCUUAUUUUAAUUGUGUCUCCUGCAUCAGUGGACCUUUAGGGAUGUACAGGAAUAAUUUGAUCCAACAAUUAUUGGAGCCCUGGUACAAUCAGAGAUUCCUAGGAGUCCGGUGCACAUUUGGGGAUGAUCGUCAUUUAACUAACAGGGUACUCAGUCUGGGCUAUUCCACCAAAUACAUGCCCAAGGCUUGGUGCUAUACAGAAACUCCAACUCAAUAUCUCCGCUGGCUCAAUCAACAAAUACGUUGGACUAAGUCAUCUAUCAUAGAAUGGAUCUACAGUUCCCGCUUCUGGCACAAGCAUAGUCUGUGGAUGACAUAUGAAGCAGUAACUAUGGGGAUUUUGCCAUUCUACAUAUCCGUGUCUGUCAUUAAGCUAUUCUACUACGGCUGUCUCUGGGACAUUCUAUGGAUGCUCCUAUUCUUCCAUGGCUUUGGACUCAUUAAAGCGAUCAAUGCCUCUUCUCUAAAGAGAAGUCCACUGAUGAUCUACCUAUCCCUGUUUCCAACCUUUUACCUGUGGGGGUUAUUGCCCAUCAAAUGCUUUUCUCUUGUUACCAUUACCAAUACUGGCUGGGGAACAUCUGGACGCAGAGAGAGAGUCAAGAACUACAUCCCACUUUUUCCUCUCUUAGUUUGGGGCAUUAUUCUCCUCGUGGGUUUAAUUGAGACACUCUUCACAGAGUUUGAAGGUGCAUGGACCCAUCAGCAGCAGUUGUCAGAAAAAGAUUAUAUUCUUUACAGUUCAGUGACAUUAUUUUUAUUUUAUACAAUUCUAAUAUCAACCUACCAUCUGUGGUCUUGGCACCAACAUAGAAGAAACACUGCAAUGUAUUGUGUUGAAGUGUAGAGAGUGCAAAUUUGUUCAUGAUUACCAAAACUAUAAUUAACAUCUUGAAGAAUAUUUUACAUCUCAUAUGUUUACUGAUUCUGCUUUUUGUUCUUGAGAUAAUUUUUUCUCUGCAGUCCCUCCUGGGUUGGAUAGUCUUCCAUAAUCAACAAAAAAAAGAUGCUACCUCCAGCCCGACUUUGUGGGGAAUUGAAGAUACACAUUGGCAAUGUCCUGCCACAGUGGACCCUAGUUUGCGCAGUAUCUCCAAAUUCAUGGUUUGGUAUUUGUCAGGUUCAGUAGUGAGGAACGUAUAACAUUUUUCUAGACUGGAUCCUCUCAUGCCGAUACUGCAUGAGAAAGGGAUAACAAUAAAUUUCUGUUGACCAUAACCAGUAUAAGUAAUAAAUCUCCCAACACAUGAUUCUCCAUCCUGGUGGCAUGAGAUUGCUGCACAAUGGGUAAGUACUCCUCCACAGAAGAAAGAAUUGGGUGUUUUUGUUCCCGGAUUUAGUCGUGUGGCAGAUCUUGCAGAGGCCUGAAAGUAGGUUUAUCUGUGGGGAGCAGGGAGUUUGUGGCAAUGGUUGUCCUGCAACAUCCAUAAUAUGCCAUUUGAAACGUAAGAUAUUUUUAUGUCACUGUGAAAGGUUUCAAUUAAAUUGAGUAAUUUGUAAACAUGACAGAGAACAUUUGACCAAACAGCAGUGGUUUUUGAUCCUUCGUGGGUUUAGUCGUUUAAUGCACCACAUAUGUUGAUGGUCUAUUUGAUUGUGAGGACUGUCAUUUCAUGUUACAAUCAUUGACUUUGGGUAAUUAGCGGAUGUUGAAAAAUACUCUUCCCAGAUUGUUGUCCAACAAUCUUUUCUAGAAUGGAUGCUCUCAUGUGGAUACUGCAUGAGAAUGGGAUCACAUUCGAUUUGGACAGAUUAGAAGUUUGUUCCUUGGAGUGCAGGAUGCGGAGGGGUGAUCUUGUCGAGGUGUAUAAAAUCAUGUGGGGAAUAUGAAGGGUAAAUGCAGACUGAAUGCAGUCUUUUACCCAGAGGAGGAGAAUCAAAAAGCUGAGGUCAUCAGUUUAAGGUGAGAGGGGGAAGUUUUAUUAGGAACGGUUCCACACUGAGGGUAUAUGGAAUGAACUGGUAGAGGAGGUAGUUGAGGCAGGUACUAUAACAACAUAUAAACGACAACUGGGCAGGUACAUCAACAAAAAAUGUUUAGAGGGAUAUAGGCCACACACAGGCAGGUGGUAUAUUUAUUUUGGCAUGGACAAGUUGGGCCGAAGGGCCUGCUUCUAUGCUGUGUGACUAUGGUAAUACGAUUUCAAAAUUGUUGUUUCAGAAUGUUG